CACGUGAGGCAUCUUCAGCACCGCCAACACACAUCCUUUCAACUUCUGAGCCCGAGCAAGGAAACGAGCCUCUCAACUGGGAAUUGCAGGAUUGCAAACAGCUGCAUUCCACCUCAAUUUUAGCAUCACAGAACAGCAAGCCUUUGUCUGCCAACCCGUUUUCGUUUCAGCCGGCAGAACAUCACUCAGAAUGCCUACUUCGUUGGACUCUUCUCGCCCCAUCAUGGCUCCCUCGGCCCGCACCUCCGUCCGCUACAGCCAGUACAGCAUGCAAGCACCGUCGGUCGCGACGACGGACAGCGCACACGCCGAAAUCCGCAACAUCGAGACGGGACUUGAGCGCAUGGAGAACAAGGCGUUGACCAAGCAGCGCGUCGAGCUGUCGGAAACCAAGUCGGCUCACAUGAGCAAGCUUGCCCUCGGAGCUAAGCUCGAGCGCGCCCUUGAUCGCCGUAUGACAAGCCAGGACGCCGUCAUGAGGCCGAGGAAGGACAGUGUGCUGAAUGAGAAGACCGGCAUCCAGACAUGAUGCAUCAAGACCUGAAGCACCCGGCCAAGCAUAAUCUGAAAACGAGUGUUGCACACAAACGGCGAUCGUGAGGGCAUCGGCAGACAGGCGCUCACCCCAGUGGCCAGGAG